AUGAUGUCAGAAGGGAAAGCUCCUGCGAAGAAAAGACCUCGUAGAAGUUUAUCAGCCAGUAAAACUAAAACAAAAGAAUGUAACUCUAUUAUUUCAUUUUUUAACAAUGCACCACCUGCUAAGCUUGCCUGCCCUGUUUGUAGUAAAAUGGUGCAGAGAUACGACUUAAACCGGCAUCUUGAUGAAAAGUGUGCUAACAAUGAUGACAUCACUCCAGUUGAUCAGAGGCAUGUUGACUUAAUAAAUUCACAUGUGCCUACAGUAGAUUUAACCAAUAUUGUCUUAGAAGAUGUAACACCAGGAAAGUUGUCACCAUCAAAGAUAAGUUUAACCCCUGACCAAAGUGAUUCAGCAAAAAUGGGCGUAAAACAGCAGACCAGCCCCUACUUUAAAAAUAAUGAUGAUUUGGGGUGCAAAAAUCAAGAUAAGCUGAGACAUCAUAAUGUGAAAGUCAUUACUUUGGGAAGCCUGUCAUCUAAAUUGUCCAGAAGAUACACAGAAGCUAAAAGAGCAAUAGGUAAGAAUGAGGAAUUUGCCAAUAAGAGUCCACAGAGUUCCUCAUCCACAGUGGUUAGGACCCUGGUUGAUAACUGUUCAGAGACUGAGGACAAGGAUCAAAUUUUGGAGAACAGUUCUCAAAAGGAAAAUGUGUUUGCCUGUGAUUCUCUUAAGGAGCAGAGUACACCUGAACAUACUGUAGAAGGCACAAAAAUAAUGGAAGCUGAAAGCCAAACGUCUACCCAGGAAUAUGAGAGAUCACCCCUUGGCCCUGCCUUCUCAGAUAAUGCUGCUAUGUUAUUUUCACCAGAUUUAACUCUUGGGAAUACAUUGAAGUCUACUUCAGAGCACAGUCUUGCAAAGUGGGAGAGCAUCAAAGGAGUAGAUAAUCAAGAUGUUGAAAAAUGUGAGGCAGGUAGUUGUGAAGAAGUGAAAGUGACUGUUGCUUCAGAAACUAAAACACAGUUGUCAAAUUGGGAGGCAAAGUCUGAUAGUUCUACACAUGAUGAUUCUAAAGGGCAUAACAUCCAGGACCUUUCUCUGGAAGGUGACAGUGACUUAAAGAAUGAAAUCACUUGCGGAAUUCCUUUGGAGCAGGGGUCAAGCUGUGAUGUUCCUGGUAAAACAAUUACAGUACCACCAAGUCAUCCUUACUACCUUCGGAGUUUCCUCGUGGUGCUGAGAGCUGUAUUUGAGAAUGAAGAAGAUAGGAUGCUCUUUGAUGAACAUGAGAGGGGAAUUGUAACUAAAUUUUAUCAAUUAUCAGCUAGUGGUCAGAAGUUAUAUGUAAGACUUUUUCAACGUAAAUUUGGCUGGAUUAAGAUGAAUAAAUUGGAAUAUGAAGAGAUUGCUCCUGACUUAACACCUGUGAUUGGAGAACUGCAGCAAGCAGGCUUUCUGCAGACAGAGUCUGAGUUGCAAGAACUCUCUGAAGUGCUUGAACUGCUUUCUGCUCCUGAACUAAAAAUCCUGGCCAAGACCUUCCACUUAGUGAAUCCCAAUGGACAGAAACAGCAACUCGUGGACACCUUUCUCAAAUUGGCCAAACAGCCUUCAGUCUGCACUUGGGGAAAAAAUCAGUCUGGAAUCGGUGCCGUGAUUUUAAAAAGAGCUAAAGAUUUGGCAGGAGAGUCACUGAGAGUCUGUAAAGGCCCUCGGGCUGUGUUUUCCCGGGUCUUGCUGCUAUUUUCAUUGACGGACUCCAUGGAAGACGAGGAAGCUGCCUGUGGUGGUCAGGGACAGCUUUCUACUGUGCUUUUGGUCAAUCUUGGCCGAAUGGAGUUUCCUAGGUACACCAUCAAUCGGAAAACCCAAAUCUUCCAAGAUAGAGAUGAUCUCAUCAGAUACGCAGCGGCCGCGCACAUGCUGAGUGACAUUUCUACUGCAAUGGCCAAUGGGAACUGGAAAGAAGCUAAAGAGCUCUCUCAAUGUGCAAAAAGUGAUUGGAACAAACUGAAAAACCACCCUUCCCUGAGAUACCAUGAGAAUUUACCACUCUUUCUGCGCUGCUUUACUGUCGGGUGGAUUUACACAAGGAUUCUGUCCCGUACUGUUGAAAUAUUGCAGCGACUUCACUUGUAUGAGGAAGCAGUCAAGGAACUUGAAAACCUCUUGUCACAGAAAGUGUAUUGUCCUGACAGCAGAGGCCGGUGGUGGGAUAGAUUGGCUCUCAACUUACACCAGCACUUGAAACGCCUUGAACCGGCUAUUAAGUGCAUCGCAGAAGGGCUGGCAGAUCCAGAAGUAAGAACAGGACAUCGUCUUUCACUGUAUCAGAGAGCCGUGCGCCUGAGAGAGUCUCCGAGCUGUCAGAAGUACAGGCACCUCUUCCAUCGGCUACCAGAAAUAACUGUGGAAGAUGUUAAACAUGUGACCAUCACGGGCCGGCUGUGCCCGCAGCGUGGGAUGGGCAAGUCUGUGUUCGUGAUGGAGGCUGGGGGGCCCACCGCCCCUGCCACAGUCCUGUGCUCUGUGGAGGAGGUGGCUUUGGCCUAUUAUAGACGCAGCGGCUUCGACCAGGGGAUUCAUGGGGAAGGGUCCACCUUUAGCACGUUGUAUGGCCUCCUCCUGUGGGAUGUAAUCUUCAUGGACGGGAUACCAGACGUCUUCAGAAAUGCCUACCAGGCAUGCCCACUGGACUUGUGUACAGACAGCUUCUUCACGAGCAGGGGGCCGGCCAUCGAGGCCAGGCUUCAGCUGAUUCACAGCGCCCCCGCGGAGAGCCUGCGGGCCUGGGUGGCAGCCGCGUGGCAGGCCCAGGAAGGCCGAGUGGCUUCCAUUGUCAGCUGGGAUCGCUUUGCUUCUCUUCAGCAAGCUCAGGAUCUUGUUUCCUGCUUGGGCGGCCCUGUCCUCAGUGGUGUGUGCAGGCGGCUGGCUGUGGACUUCCGGCACUGCCGAGGGGGCCUCCCCGACCUGGUGGUGUGGGACUCCCAGAGUCAUCGCUUUAAGCUGGUGGAAGUUAAAGGCCCCAACGAUCGUCUUUCACAUAAGCAAAUGGUCUGGUUGCACGAACUGCAGAAGUUGGGGGCCGAAGUAGAAGUCUGCUACGUGGUUGCAGUUGGAGCUAAGAGCAAAGGCCUGAACUAA